AUGUGCUUUUCAGGUUGGUCCAUGAGCAAGUCAGGUUUAGAGCAGACCAAUUGGGCUGGUACUUGGAACGGUGUGAUGGAAGCAUAUCCAGAAAGUGAAUUAGGUUCUGGCUGGAACGUGACACUGGAGAUCGGACCUUAUCCAAUGGUUGAUGAAAGUUGCACAAAAUGGCGGAGCACAUUCACCGAGAAUGGAGUUGUGCAAGCAAUCAAGGACUAUCGUUUCUGUCGAGGGCAUGGCGCUGAAGAUUUGUAUACGGAUGAGGGUGGCGGCGUGACGAUAGCUGCACAAUGGAUUAACAAUGUGCUGGUAUCACCAUUCAAAUAUAAGGGUGUAUUUGCUGUGCACAGGAUGCAAAUGCGUGGAGACGUUCUCGAAGAAGAGACUUUGAUUGUUGAUGACACGCAAGCUAGUCCGGACGUUGUUGUUUCAAUACGAGCACAUAGUAUUCAUCUCAUAAAAAUGAAAAAAAUAUCCGCUGAAGCAUAA